GGCAGGCCAAGGGUCAGAGGUGAGAGCGUCAUGGCGGCGCUGUGUCGGGCCCGCGCCGUGGCUGCCGAAAGCCGUUUCCUGCGAAGCUUUCGCUCCUGCAGACUCUUUCGGGGCGCAGGUACCGAGAGCGGCUCCGACAGCGGCAGUCCUGACUCUACGGAACCUGGGAUGCGUCCCGGCGGCUUCGCGAGCGCGUUAGAGCGACACACGGAGCUGCAGCGAAAGGCGGAGCAGCGGCGGGAGCCUCCUGGAAAAGUGGAAUCCUUUGCGUCCCUGCUAAGACAUUCUCCUCUUACUCAGAUGGGGCCUGCCAAGGAUAAGCUGGUCACUGGACGAAUACUCCACAUCGUGGAAGAUGAUCUCUAUAUAGAUUUUGGUGGCAAGUUUCACUGUGUGUGUAAAAGACCUGGAGUGGAUGGAGAGAAAUACCAGAAAGGAACCAGAGUACGGCUGCGAUUGCUGGAUCUGGAACUUACAUCCAGGUUCCUGGGAGCCACAACAGACACCACCCUGCUGGAGGCCGAUGCAGUGCUCCUUGGACUCCAGGACAGUAAAGACAGAAGUAAAGAGGGACAUCAUGAAAAAUCAAUGACGUUUGCGUAGUACUUUCACCAAAAAUCCAGUUAGCAAACUGUGAAUCAAUGAUUGAGCAGAGAUAUAUAAUAAAUGAAAAUUAUAAUCAUA